CCUCAGGUGGGGCGGCCCGGCCCGGCCCGCUUGUCCAGCUGGCGUCAGGCCGCGUCUCCUCAGCUCCUCGCGGUCUUCCGCGGCUGAGGCGGCGGCGCUGCAAGUUUUGACAUUUCGGCGGCGGAGACGUGCGCCGGCACUCGGGGCCCACGGGCUGCGGCGGCGGCUGACCCUCGAGGCCCCUCGGUCGCGCCCCUGCGAUCCAGCCGAGCCAGGGUCGGGCGGCCACGAGGCCCGGCCGCGUCCUCCCGCGCUCGCACGUCCAGCGGCUGCAGCCAUGUCGAAGGGGCCGGAGGAGGUGAACCGGCUCACUGAGAGCACCUACCGGAAUGUUAUGGAACAGUUCAAUCCACGGCUACGAAAUUUAAUAAACCUAGGAAAAAAUUAUGAAAAAGCUGUUAAUGCCAUGGUCCUGGCGGGAAAAGCCUACUACGAUGGAGUGGCCAAGAUUGGCGAGCUUGCCACCGGGUCCCCAGUGUCGACGGAGCUGGGCCGUGUUCUCACGGAGAUCUCAAGUGCCCACCAGAAACUUGAUGAGAAUUUGAAGGAAAAUUUUAAGACAUUCCAUAAAGAGAUUAUAUAUGAGCUGGAAAAGAAGACAGAACUAGAUGUCAAAUACAUGAACGCUACUCUCAAAAGAUACCAAACAGAACACAGGAAUAAACUAGAUUCUUUGGAGAAAUCUCAAGCCGAGUUGAAGAAGAUCAAAAGGAAAAGUCAAGGAGGACGAAAUGCACUCAAAUAUGAACACAAAGAAAUUGAGUAUGUAGAAACCAUCACUUCUCGCCAGAACGAAAUCCAGAAAUUUAUUGCCGAUGGUUGCAAAGAAGCUCUGCGGGAAGAGAAGAGGCGCUUCUGCUUCCUGGUGGACAAGCACUGUAGCUUUUCACGCCACCUGCACGACUACCACUUACAGUCUGCAGAACUACUCAAUUCCAAACUGCCUCGGUGGCAGAACACCUGUUGCGAUGCCACCAGAGUGCCAGAGGAAGUCAUCCACAUGAUAGAGGAUAUAAAGACCCCUCUCUCCACCCCGGCGUCCUGGACACCUCAGCCUUCGCCGAUGGUCGAGAGAAGCAACGCGGUUGGGAAGGACUACGACACGCUUUCCAGAUGUUCGCCAAAGGUGCCUCCAGCUCCCUCGACCAGAGCGAACACCAGCCCGCUGGUCGAUAUGUUCAAUAACCCAGCGACAGCCACACAGAGUGCAGCUUCUCCAGAUGAUCCCAGUUUACAGCGGUCGGUUUCUGUUGCAACUGGACUGAACAUGAUGAAGAAGCAGAAAGUGAAAACCAUCUUCCCACACACCGCCGGCAGCAACCAGACCCUGCUCAGCUUCGCACAGGGGGACGUCAUCACGCUGCUCGUCUCCGAGGAGAAGGACGGCUGGCUCUACGGGGAGCAUGAUGCCUCCAAAGCGCGGGGCUGGUUCCCGUCGUCAUACACCAAGUUGCUGGAAGAAAAUGCCAAGGAGACAGUGAGCUUGCCCUCACCAAGCCCAGCACCAAUGAGGAGCAUGAGCACCGUGGACCUGUCCGAGAAGAGCAGUGCGGCUGUCCCCAUCCCCCCGCCGGACUACCUGGAAUGCCUGUCCGUGAGGGCGGCUGCAGAGAAGAGAGCAGAUGUCUGCAAACCUCCUCCUGCCUGCAAAGCCCUGGAGUCCAGACCAGAAAUCCCCUCUUCUAAUAACACAAAUGGAACUGCAAAGCUUCCUUUCCUCAGUGGAGAAAACCCCUUUGCUACUGUGAAACUCCGCCCAACAGUGACAAAUGACCGAUCAGCACCCAUCAUUUGGUGAAAAGGUGGCGGAGGAACUCUUCAGGAUCGUCUAACGUUAAGUUCUCACUUGCAAAAUGAUAGGUCUGGUGUGUGCUGUAACGCCCUGACACGGCACCAGAGGGCGCCUGAUUCUAAAUGAACCCUAACGAGCAAAUCAGUGCCUUUUCUCAGUUUCACAGUCGGGUUUGCACAUUUCUGUCUUUAAGAAGAUAAGUUAGCUGAGUGACCAGCUCAGUCAUUUAAAGUGUUCUCUUCCUGUCCUGUUCAAAACCCAGUAAAUUUGGUUCCAACCCUUCCUGUAUUAUUUUUUAAAUGCUCUGAUUACGUAUAAACAGCCAGAACGAGGGCUGUGCUUUCCCGACUGGUUUUCUACAUAUACCUGAGUACAAAUGCGAUCACUGUCUCACUUUAUAAAGCUUCUGCUCUCACGUAGCAUUAUGAUGUUUAUCUAAAGAAUCUUAAGCAAUAUAAAUUAUGAGUAUUACACAAAUUUAACUUAAAAAUUUUUAAUUUGUGUAGUCAAAUGCAGAGCUGCCGAGAUAGAGCAGCCCUGCCGCCACCCCGCCCCCACCCCCCCCAUGGCUGAGAUGCAGUGGCAGAGCACCGUGGCUUCUGCCCGCGCCGCGCACAGCCUUGACACGCAGUACUUGAAAAGUCCCCAAGGGCUCCUGAGCCGGGCUGUUGGGAGCUACCACUGGGCAUGACCCCUGAACACACCCACCCAGCCAUGCCACCCGUGGGCCCGACUGGCCCGCAGGGAGACAUGGGCACUCCAGGUGACCACUUGUGGGAGCCACGGUGCUCUUGCUGCCCUGGCCGACCAAAGCUGCCUCCUUAAUUUCCGCCGCCGGGAGUCGGGGGGCUGGCAGCGUCUGCACUGUACCUGAGCCCUGCCGUCACACACUGGGAACCUGGGCUUCUCCGGGAGGGGACUCCGAGCAGGUGGCCGAGGUGCUCGCAGGCUGCCAAGGAUUUAGGCCCUAUUUUGGAGGCGUGGAGGGUCGUGACUCAAAGUCGCACCCAGGCCACUCACUGGGUGUGCAGGGAAGGGAGGCCUGCUGCUCACACGGCUCCUUCGGUCUUACUGUGCUGUUCUCUCUGCGAGCCUGAGGCUGGCCGAGGACGGCGGCAGGUAAACCAGUGUGAGAGAGACUUCACGGUCACUGGCCUGUUGUCCUCCUGGCUAAGUCGGCCUGGGAGGUGCAGGGCGCUGGUCACACAGGACUGUGUGGGCUCCCCAGGGCCAGGUCAGGCAAAGUGCAGGUGUCCAGCAGCACCUGUCUUGAGAGCAGACACCCCGGCCAGCAGAGAGACCGGUUGGGUCAGUUAAGUGGCCCUCUGCUCCUCUCUCUGCAUUUAGAUGAGAGUGGCGCCCACAGAAGCCCACUGUGUCCAGCAGUGGGGAGGGAGCAAGGUGUAGGUUGUGGAGGUGAGUUGCUAAGGGAGAGGGGAGGGUCUGCCCACCCUGCCCCAGCUGCCGGAGCUCCAGCCACCCUGGGACCUUCUGGCUCCGUCACAGGGACACCAGCGGCCCUGCACCAACUAGUACAUGGCUUUCGCAGGCCCACCCACCCAGUCUCUUCUGCCUUCACAGAACGGACCAGCGCCGUCACUUACCUGCCUCAUACAGGAUAGGAGGGCUUACCAUGUCCUUGGCACUGAGGUGCAUGCUCUGUAAAUGUCAAGGUAUUGUGUUUCAUUAUAAUAAUAAAAGAGAACUUGAAAACA